CUAUCCGCAGCGACGACCUCGAAGGCAACCAAAUAACCCACUCUGCAACUCACCUUAUUACUCGUGCUGCUACACAUUGACCACUUGGGGUGUGUCUGAUAUUCUCUUCUGGAUAUACACGACUUGUUCGCCCGUCACGACUCUACCUUGUAGCCAUCCUCCUGGCUCACCACAACCAUGGCGAAUGAUGAAUAUGACUUCCUUUUCAAAGUUGUGUUGAUCGGCGAUUCCGGCGUCGGCAAAUCCAACCUGUUGAGCCGCUUCACACGCAACGAAUUCAACCUGGACUCCAAGUCGACCAUCGGAGUAGAAUUCGCCACGCGAUCCAUUCAAGUCGACGCCAAAACAAUCAAGGCGCAAAUCUGGGACACAGCAGGACAGGAGCGGUACCGGGCCAUCACGUCCGCAUACUAUCGCGGAGCGGUGGGCGCCCUGUUGGUCUACGACAUCAGCAAGCACCAGACGUAUGAGAAUGUGACGAGGUGGUUGAAGGAGCUGAGAGAUCAUGCGGAUUCGAACAUUGUGAUCAUGUUGGUGGGGAAUAAGAGUGAUUUGCGGCAUCUCCGGGCGGUACCUACCGAGGAGGCGAAGCAGUUUGCGAGUGAGAACAACCUCUCCUUCAUCGAGACUUCUGCCCUCGACGCCAGCAACGUCGAAUUGGCGUUCCAGAACAUCCUGACGGAGAUCUACCGUAUCGUAUCCAGCAAGGCGCUCGAGCAGGGAGAAAGCGGGCAGAACGUACUUGGUGGGGAGCGCAUCAAGGUGCUCGAUCCCAGCAAGCCAGCCGAUGCUGAGGGCAAGAAGGGCUGCUGCUAGCCGUUGCGCAGCAUCUCGAUUGUCCUAUUUGUACGCUGGAGGUCUCUCUGUUUCAGAACGAGCAUCCUUUUGGUUGUGAAGCGUAUCUGGAGGCGCUAUGGAACUCUAGCGAACUCCAGCAGCAGGCUCACAUUUGAGCGGCUGGCCGAGGUCGUUUGGCAGAAGUAACGGCCCUCUUUCCUACCUUCUGCGCUUCCGGGAUCGGCUACGGUAUGAUGCACAUUUUCGAGAAUCCUUUGACUGCAACGGUCUCCUUGCAUUCCGUUUCUCUUCGGCCCCUUUUGGUUUUCUUGGGUAGUGAUGGCGCGUUGCGGGCUUAAUAUAACUAUCUACGUAUAGGCUGGCUGGUCCCACUCCAACGACUGCUGUAUGAUUGUCCGACUGCAAUGAUAUAGACAGACCCUGGACGGCCGUCAUUACACAGUAUGCCUUGCAAAACCCU